UCCCCUCACCCGGAUCCUCAAAUGUCGCGUCCAAAUCCCUAAUUUCUUAUCCCAGGCGACAGAGAAGCAAUUUUUUUGUGCACCUUUUCCCUCUGCAUUCUACCUCGAUCGACGCCAUGUCGGGCCGCGGCAAGGGAGGAAAGGGCUUGGGCAAGGGCGGGGCGAAGCGCCACCGCAAGGUUCUCCGCGACAAUAUCCAGGGCAUCACCAAGCCGGCGAUCCGCCGCCUCGCCCGCCGCGGUGGCGUGAAGCGGAUCAGUGGCCUUAUCUACGAGGAGACCCGGGGAGUCCUCAAGAUCUUCCUCGAGAACGUCAUUCGCGACGCCGUCACCUACACCGAGCACGCCCGCCGGAAGACCGUCACCGCCAUGGACGUUGUCUACGCCCUCAAGCGUCAAGGCAGGACCCUCUAUGGCUUCGGCGGGUGAGCUCCUACUGGGACUGGGACGGGGUGGUGGGAUUGGAUGUGGUUGGGGUUUGUGGGAGUGUUAGGGUUUCAUGCGGGUUUAUCCGUGUUUUGGCUGUAAAUCCUCUUGCGUCUGUUAUGGGAUAGAAAAGAUGCAAACUUUUUAAGUUAUGGAAUGGAACUUUGAAGCUUUGCUUGAAGAAUUUUUUUUACUUA